GUCGUUCGUCUGUGACGCACUAGCGCACCAAAGCAGUCAGGAUAAAGUGUCAGAAGAAAGUCCAGGAUGCAAGGAAACAUGGUGAUUUCACAUUUUGUUUCAUUAUUUUAAAUCUGUUCCAAACAAGGGAAGGAUAAAACACGCUAACUACAGGUUGAGUAUUAGCCUAAUAUAACACACCAAACACCAGGAUGUCGGCGCUGAACUGCUCCCUGACGGCUCUUUUCACCACUAGUGCCUCAGGUUUCAGUGACAUAGGCUGCCCCGAAGGUGCUGCGCUGUGUGGGAUGAAUCUCUCUUGGGUGUUGGCUAAUGCCACUGAUCAAGAUCUGAACGAAUUAUGCUUGAGUGAGCAGGAGUACCUGGCCAAGCACCUGGGCCCUCCGAGGUCCCCCGUGUUUCUUCCCGUCUGCGUCACCUACCUAGCCAUCUUCCUGGUCGGCGUUCUGGGCAACUCCCUGACCUGCGCGGUCAUCCUGCGCUACCGAGUGAUGCAGACGCCCACCAACUACUACCUGCUGAGCCUGGCCGUGUCCGACCUGCUGGUGCUGCUGCUGGGCAUGCCAUUAGAGCUCUACGAGAUGUGGCAGAACUACCCCUUCCUGCUCGGGGAGGGGGGCUGCUUCUUUAAAACGUUCCUGUUUGAGACCGUCUGCUUCGCCUCCAUCCUCAACGUCACGGCGCUCAGCGUGGAGCGCUACAUGGCGGUGGUGCACCCCCUCAAGGUCAAACACGUGGCCACGCGUGCUCACGUCAAGAGGGUCAUCUUCCUGCUGUGGGGGCUGUCCAUGCUGUGCGCCGUGCCAAACACCAGUCUGCAUGGAAUUAUGGUGCUGCCACCGAGAUUCGGCCGGCAGUUUCCCCGAUCUGCUAUCUGCUAUGUGGUCAUGCCCAUGUGGAUGUACAACCUGAUCAUCCUGAUCUCCACGCUGGUCUUCUUCCUUCUCCCCAUGCUGAUCAUUAGCAUCCUCUACCUGCUCAUUGGCUUGAGCCUGCACAGGGAGAGGAUGAUUACCGUGGUGGAUACUAAUAAUAGUUUCAGACCUGAAAGUCUUUCCAGAUCCCACAAGCAGAAGCUGAGCAAACGCAACCUACAAGUCACCAAAAUGCUGUGUGUGCUGGUGGUUGUGUUUGGCCUUUGCUGGGCUCCCUUCCACGUCGACCGCCUGAUGUGGAGCUACAUCGACAUGUCGUCCGAGCUGCACCACAAGGUCUUCGAGCACGUCCACAUUGUCUCCGGGGUGUGUUUCUACCUGAGCUCGGCCAUCAACCCCAUCCUCUACAACCUCAUGUCCACCAAGUUCAGAGAAAUGUUCAGUGAUAUCACGUGCUACUCCAAAGGCUGGAAGGCACGCUCCAGCCUACAGAUGACCCAGCGCAGCACUCUGAGCGAGACCAGUAAGAAAUGGGCUCAGAGCCAUUCUACAGGCCCCACAACUUAAAAGAUGUGUUGACUUCCUUUUGUCACCCACUGAUAUAUAAGCCAAGCCAGAGACAUCAGAUGCGAAGACCAUAACUUCAACCGGAAGGAUUUUACCCUCUAAGUGGUAACGAGUAAUGUCAGACAAAGACGGUCGGACUUCAUGAAGGAUAGGCUGAACCACGUGACCAAAGGCUACAUGACAGACACGCUUGAAUAAACAAGCAAGUAAAUUCGCUUACUGUGCACUCUCCACCUGUAUCUGGAAGUGCUCCAGACUCCAGAAGACAACAGUGACUCAAAUCCCAUUUUGACUAAUGACCAAUCAGGGCAACAUGCUGAAAAAUGUGAGGGAGGUCAGGGUUUGAUUGAACAAUAAAAUUACCAUAUAAAUGAUCCGAUGGCAUUUUCAUGCAUAGGAAAUGUAACCCAUCAACUGUCUUGAAUGUAAAUGUAAAUGAUGUGUAAUUGUGAAAUAGGUGAAUGUACCGUACACUGUAUUUACUGUAUAACGAGAAAAACUGCAUUUUCUGUCUUGCCUAUUUACUCAUGUGUAGCCAAAGAAUGGAUGCACAAAGGCUCCCGUUAGAAAGGAGAACAUAUAUCUGGAGAAAAUAGAAAGUCAAGACAGUGAAAUAGGGAAAUGUGCAUAAGAUUAUUAGUCACAUACCUUGUGAGUGUUUAAGGGACCGGUAGGGAAGAUCUUUCAUUUAAAACAUCAGUUUAGUCACCAUCCAUCAAAUGGAUUCAACAAACCAUAUGUGAAAUCGCAUUCUGCGCGCAGUAAGUUACACUUCAUUUGUCAAGCACUCCUCCGGAUGGUAGGCAGAGUUAAUGUUUAACCGACUGGUGACCUGUUACUGGCUGACGCUUGCAGCAUUUACAUGGGCUCUAACAUUCAGCUGAUAAUAGCCGAUCAGAUCAGAAAUGCCUCAUGGAACCAACUCAGGAUUUACAGAGUCAGUCUCUACCGGGAGGACUUUACAAUCUGAUAGAGCAGAGUGGUACAAAAGGACAAGCCGUUGAAUGGAAAGAUACUAGCACCUAAUAACUCAGCUUCUUCCAUGAAAUGAAAGUAGGGGCAGAUUCCACGGCGUGAAGAACCACUUUGCGUGCGCCAAAAAACUCUGCUCUGUUUGACAUAUCGUAUUAGAUCAUUUUAUUUAGAGUCCAUGUAAACACUUGAGUUGGAAUUUGUAAUCAGAAUGAUUUUAGUUUUAGUUGAACGCAUAUCACUGUAAAAACUCUUGCUUGGAUGUUUAAAAACACACACAGCGUCGCCAAAGAGAACAACACCGAGAUGUUUGACCAACACAAGUACCCAACACAGAGGUCUACAGAUACUGUCACCUAAACUCACAAUAAACGAAAAAUGAACAAUUUGGCACCUAGAGUUGCUGUCACUCUUCUAUCCGCCCAAAGAAUUUGAUCGGACCAGCAGUACUUUGCUGGAGAAUAAUCAGUUCUGUUCUCAAAGGAGAGACUACAGACCAAAAUUUCCAAGACAGAAUAAUAAAAAAAUAAUAAAAUAAAGUGGUGGGUGGGGAAGCUGGUCUGCCUUCAAGCCUCACUUUAAAUUACAUUCUGAAAAUUCUUGAGGCUUGAUGAUAUUAUAUUCCAACUCCCACGUUCACAAACAUAGUGGUAUAUGUAUUAUGUAUUUACUUUUAAUAUUGUUCAGACCUUGGUUUGAAUGACCUUGGUUUACAUGCAUGUAUUGCUUUCCAGAUGUGAGUGGCAUUGCUUCAUGUAUGGAAUUUCACACUUUUUUUUCACUAUGUGUAUAAAGGAUGUGUGAAUUUUUAUCAUAUUUUUUAAUGAUGCAGAGGAUCUAAUGUGGUAUGCUCUGCUACUUGACGAAAACAUGGACAUGUACUUUAAAGAGUCCUGCAGAUACUGUCACCUACACUAUUGUUCCUGUUAUUGGUUUAACGCAGAAAUACAUUACAAUAAUGA